AUGACUGCGACGAUCGCCUUCUGCUCUAGCAUCUACACAGCCGCCAUUCCGUCCAUUUCACAUGCGUACGGCUGCUCGUCAACAGUCGCAACGCUGGGCGUUACCACGUUCCUAUUGGGGUUCGCGUCCGGGCCCCUGCUGUUUGCACCUCUGUCUGAGGUCUGGGGUCGCAAUACGAUCUUCCGGCUCGUUCUGGUGCUAUUCGUCCUGUUCCAGAUUGGAUGUGCUCUAGCUCCCAACGUCGCGUCGAUGAUCGUUUUUCGCUUUUUUUCAGGGUUCUUUGGAUCUCCCACGGUGACUAACUCUGGCGGGUCCAUCACCGAUAUCUGGCCGCAGGAUAAUCGGUCUGUGCCGCUGGCCCUCUUCUCCGCGGCCAGCUUCCUGGGCCCCGUCAUUGCACCCACAGUGGGGGGUUUCAUCUGUCAGUACACGUCAUGGAGGUGGAAUUUCUGGGUGGUGCUGAUCCUCAGUGGUGUCUGCUACGUUGCCAUGACGGUGUUUCUUCCCGAGACAUAUCCCCCCAAGCUGCUGAUGGACAAAAGACGAUGCAUGCCGGGCUAUUCCCCAGCCAAUCAACCCUCCGUCAAGGAGAUGCUGUACACGACGCUCACGCGGCCCUGGCUGAUGCUCUUCACGGAGCCCAUCCUGUUCUUGCUUUCCCUGUAUAUGGCUCUUGUCUACGGUAUACUCUAUCUGGAUUUCACGGCCUAUCCUGUUGUCUACCGGGAAACCCGAGGCUGGUCCCCCAGUAUUGCAGGGCUUUCCUUUUUGGGGAUAUGCGUCGGCAUGGCCAUCGCCACCCUGAUCUCGCCAUAUGUCAAUCGAAUCCAUGGCAUCUACGUGCGACGCCUGGGAGGUCCUCAGCCGGAGGCUCGCCUCCCACAUUUGAUCGUCAUCUCCUGGCUAAUCCCCGUCAGCUUGUUCUGGUUUGCCUGGACGGCAUCGCCGCCUACCCAUUGGAUCUCCGGCAUCGUCGCCGGUGUGCCCUUUGGGUUUGGCCUCAUCCUGCUCUUCCUGGGGAUCACGUCAUAUCUGACAGACUGCUACGGCUCGUUUGGGGCGAGUGCUUUGGCGGCCAAUGCCGUGCUGCGUUCCCUGUUUGGGGCCGUCUUUCCCCUCUUCUCGACGUCUUUGUAUCAUUCCCUGGGGACAUCGUGGGCAACGAGUCUGCUGGGAUUCGUGGCUCUGGCGAUGGCGCCAUUGCCGUGGGUGUUUUAUCGAUUCGGGCCACGAAUCCGCUCGCGGAGCAAGUAUCAUCUGAAGACGAGGGAUUUCAAGAGAUCAGGAGUUUUCACAGACAUCAUGCCCUCUCCUCCAAUCGUUGACUUUAGUGAUUUCCUCUCUGGUGAUCCGGAGCGCAAGAAGAAUUGCACCGAGGCCAUUGGAGAUGCCUGCCGCACACUGGGAUUCUUUCAGAUCAUCAACCAUCCAAUCCCACUGAGCCUGCAGAAGGAAAUGUUCAAGCUGUCCAAGGAGUUUUUCGCCCUUCCCCUGGAGGAAAAGAUGAAACUCGACAAAUCCCAAAACGACCACAACCGCGGCUACGAAGUCAUGUACGGUCAGAUGAUCGAAAAGGACACCAAGCCCGACUUGAAAGAAGGCUACUACGUCGCCCAGGACCUGCCCCCAGACCACCCGCAAGUCGUCUCCAAGAAGUUCGCCCAUGGACCGAACCUCUGGCCCGAGUCGCUGGGCCCACACUUCCGCGACACCUGCAUGGACUACCUCAACCAAGUAACCGCCCUCACCGAGAAAGCCCUGCAAGCCAUCGGCGUGUCCCUAGGCUACGACGAGUCCUACUUCGACGAGUUCUGCACGGAACCCAUGGCCUUCUACAAGCUGCUCCAUUACCCUCCCCAGCCGGCCGACGCUGACCCGCUGCAGCGCGGUAUCGGCGCCCACCGCGACUUUGGCGUCAUUACGCUGCUGCUACAGGGGGAUGUCCCCGGGCUGGAGGUGUGGGACGAGGAGACGCAGUCGUAUUACCCUGCGCCACCGAUCGAGGGGGCGUAUGUGGUGAACCUGGGGAAUCUGUUCCAGCAGUGGACGAAUGAUGAGUACCUGUCCAACGUGCACCGGGUGAUCAACCGGUCGGACGUAGACCGGUACUCCAUCCCGUUCAACUACAAUGGGAAUCCGGACUUUGUGAUCCGGUGCGUUGAGUCGUGUCGCGCGAGGCCGGAGGACGAAAAGUAUGCGCCCAUCUCGGUGGAUGACUACGUCCGGCAGAAGUACAAGGAUGUGUAUGGGCGCGUGGGCAUCUAUUCGGUUGCCGAGCGGGUCAAGGCACAGGCAGUGGCUUGA